AUGGCGUUCCGAAGACGGGGAAGUGGUGAUUCGAACUUCAGUCAUCACGAUGAUAUGGAACUCGAAGCGGGAAAUCGAGAAACGUUGCGGAGAGAUGCGGAACGACAGGCUGCGUUGCAGUUAGAAAGAGCUAAGGUAGGAACGAGAAACUGGGGUGUAUUUUCAAGCAUUAAAAUUGAAAAAGUUGGAAAAUUUAUUUCAUUUUAUAUACUAAUAAUAAUAAUCAAAGGUUUUCUCUCAAAAUUUUCCGGAAAAACUUUCUCACGUUACAAAAUUUCAUGAGACUUUUUUAUCUAAAAAAAACUACAUAUAUUAAUUUUGGGAAAAGUAGUUUUGUAAAAUUUCAACUACAAUAAGUGUGGAUUGGUAAAAUCAACAUUUGGGAUAUUUUUUUCAAUUUCAGACAUUUUCUAGGAUUUUUAAAAUGUUUUCUACAGAAAAAAUUUUCAUUGAACAAAAUAUGGCACAUGAAUAUUAUUGUGCUUAAUUAAAGUUACAUUUCAAAUUGUUCUAAAAUUUUUGUGCUACAUAUUUGGAGCUUCAAAUUAUUUCCAACAAAUUUUGGAUUGUCAGAAAUUUAAAAAAUUUUAAAAAUACUGACUUCAUUUAUUUAUGAUCCUCUAAUUUUUGCAGUAUAAACCAGUAGCAUUCGCAGUAUGCACAAAUGUAGAAUAUGAUGGAAGUGUAGAUGAUGAUUCACCAGUUCAUGGUUGCGCAGUUUCUUUCAAAGUCAAAGAUUUUCUACACGUCAAAGAGAAAUAUAACAAUGAUUGGUGGAUUGGGCGACUGGUAAAAGAGGGACACGAUUUGGGAUUUAUACCAUCGCCUGUCAAACUGGAAUCAUUAAGGCAACAAACAGCAAAGUCCGGGAAAUUGUGAGUAAUUUUUCUGGCUUGAAAAAUCAAAUUUUUUGACCCAUUUUUCCAUUUUUUUUUGACAAAAAGUAGCCCCUUGAGACUUCGACGGGUGUCACUUUUUUCGAUGCGUGUGUUUUGAGUUAUGAAAAACAUCCCAACUUUUUUUUUAGCAAACAAUCGACAUCUGCUACGAAUUUGGGCGCUUUGGAUAGUAUGAUGCCGAGAAGUGGAUCCAGAGGAUCUACACCGCCGACACCUGGUAAGUAUUAGUGGGAUUUAUGAUUUAAUGGGGAGGGGGGUGAACUGAUUUUUUUGAAUCUCAAAAAAUAGUUAGAUUGGAUUUUUUUUUGAAAAAUAAUAAUCGGAAGGGUUGGAAAAAUGUUUGAUAUUUUUAAGAGAAAAAUCCACGUGGAUUCUGAAAUUUUUAGAAAUAAAAUCAGAGAAAUUCCACGUGGAAAUUUUUUUUAAAGAUUUAAAAACCAGUUGAAAUAUUGAAUUUUUACAUGUCAAAAAAGUUUUCUCACGAUUCAUUGUUUCAGAUGACGACGAGUACAAUCCAAAAAAGAUGACAAACAUUGUAACAACUCCACCAACAAAAGAAAAAAAGAAGUUAAUGUUCAAAAAACAAGAAAAUGUUCCACCAUAUGACGUGGUUCCAUCAAUGCGACCUGUUGUUUUGGUUGGACCAUCUUUAAAAGGAUAUGAAGUGACUGAUAUGAUGCAAAAAGCAGUUUUUGAUUAUUUGAAACAUCGAUUCGAGGGUAGAAUUAUUAUAACUCGAGUCACAGCGGAUAUUUCGCUAGCUAAACGAUCACUUUUGAAUAAUCCGAAUAAACGAGCGAUGAUGGAGAGAGCAAAUUCGAGGACAAGUAAUUCAUUGGGUACGUUUGGGAAUAAGUUUUGGGAUGAAGUUCGGGGAAAUUCUAGAAAAUUUAUUUAAAUAUGUAUUGAGAUAUCACAGAAACUCCCAUUCCAUCAAAAAUCUCCAUUUUUCAGCCGAAAUUCAAACGGAAAUCGAGCGAAUUUUUGAAUUGGCUCGAUCAAUGCAACUCGUUGUUCUUGAUUGUGAUACAAUCAAUCACCCAAGUCAACUGACCAAAACAAGUUUGGCACCAAUUCAUGUAUAUAUUAAAAUCUCUAGUCCAAAGGUGAGUGGGGAAUUUUUUUGCGGAGAACAGAAGUUCAAAAUAUUAAGUUUCAAAUGUCGUGUAAAUGUCAGUCAAAAAUGUUUGUUUGGAAAAAAAAUGUGUUUUUUUUUUGAUUUUCGGAGGUGGAAAAAUCCACGUGGCAUAUGAAUAUUUUUAAAGAAUUUUUUUAAAUCCAAAAAACUUCAGGACUCUUAAAUUUAUGUGUCAAAAUAUCACGACAUUUGAGAAACUAAAUAAACAACUUUUCCACCAACUUAUUUAUAAAUCCCUUUCAAUUUUUCAGGUCCUUCAACGUCUUAUCAAAUCACGCGGUAAAUCUCAAAGUCGUAAUAUGAAUGUACAAAUGGUGGCAGCUGAAAAAUUGGCACAAUGUCCCGGUGAACUUUUUGAUGUGUUACUCGACGAAAAUCAACUCGAAGAUGCUUGCGAACAUCUUGCCGAUUUUAUGGAAGCCUAUUGGCGAGCAACUCAUCCACCAGUCAGAUCACCACCAAGAAUCAAGAGAAAUCCCAUGGAAAAUCGGGGACCAUCUACACUAUUUACACCCGCGCAAAUGAUGCAAGGAAUCACACCGUCGGGACCACCACAAUUACAACCACAACAAUCUGUAGCAUCUUUAUCACAAAUGGGCGGUGUUCAGGGACAGAUUCCAUAUUUAGCACCGCCAAGAGGAGGUCCACCAACAAGCGGUGGAACAUAUGGCGGACAUAUUCAAGGGGCACCACAAAUGCAACAACAACAACAACCUCCGCAAAAUCAACAACAACAACAAACUCAACGACAAACAUCGUAUGAUCGACACGGAUUUGAUGAAUAUGAUGAUGUUGAUAUGUCACACACUUAUGAAAGGGGAACAUACCGGUAUUAG